AUGGAGUACAAGGAGUUGUUCAACUUCAUUGAGAACCCCUUUCAUGUUCUAGUGUCAUCUUUUACCCCAGUCAUCACAGCCCUCUGUCCUGACCGUGCUGGAAUAGAGAGUUCUAAGCUGUGUGAUGGACGACUGGCGCACCUCCCACUCCUCCUGCUCCUCGUCCUCCAGGCCCUGCUGCUGCUCUGCUCUGGUGAACGCACCUGCCCCCACAGCUGCCGUUGUGAGGGGAAAAUCGUCCAUUGCGAGUCAGCUGGCUUUUCAGAUGUCCCUGAGAACAUCUCAGUGGGCUGCCAAGGCCUCUCUCUCCGCUACAAUGACCUGCACACACUGCUCCCCUACCAGUUUGCCCACCUGAACCAAAUCCUCUGGCUCUACCUGGACCACAACCAGAUCUCUGCUCUAGAUAGCCGGGCCUUCCAGGGGGUCCGCAGGCUUAAAGAGCUGAUCCUCAGCUCCAACAAGAUCUCUCAGCUCCACAACGCCACCUUCCACGGGGUGCCCAACCUCCGCAGCCUGGACCUGUCCUACAACAAGCUGCAGAUGCUGCAGGCGGGGCAGUUCCACGGCCUGAGGAAGCUGCAGAACCUCCACCUCCGCUCCAACGGCCUCACCAACAUCCCCAUCCGGGCCUUCCUGGAAUGUCGCAGCCUGGAGUUUCUGGACCUGGGCUACAACCGUCUCCGGGCCCUCACCAGGACCACUUUCCUGGGGCUGCAGAGACUCAUGGAGCUGCACCUGGAGCACAACCAGUUCUCCCGGAUCAACUUCUUUCUGUUUCCACGUCUUGCUAACCUGCGGGGGCUCUAUCUGCAGUGGAACCGCAUCCGAGCAGUCAACCAGGGCCUGCCCUGGAGCUGGCACACGCUGCAGAAACUGGACUUGUCUGGCAACGAGAUCCAGACCCUGGACCCAGCCGUAUUCCACUGCCUGCCCAACCUACAGAUCCUCAAUCUGGAGUCCAACAAGCUGUCCAACGUGUCCCAAGAGGCAGUGUCUGCCUGGAUAUCCCUGACCUCCAUCAGCCUGGCGGGUAACGUGUGGGAAUGUGGGACAGGCAUCUGCCCACUAGUGGCUUGGCUGAGAAACUUUCGAGGCACUAAAGACACCACCAUGAUAUGCAGCAGCCCAAAGCAUCUGCAGGGAGAGAAGAUCAUGGAUGCUACGAGGAACAAUGGAAUUUGUGAGGAAACGGACUACUUCCAGACAGAAACUCCUUCCCCGACCCCAGAUUUCAUUGAGACGACACCCGACCCAACCCCUGCUCCCACCAGCCCCCCUCCACCCCUGCCUCCACCUACCACCCUGGUCCCCCUACCCCCACCUCUGCCUCAGCCCCUUCCCCGCCCCCCCUUCCCAAGCCGGGUAGGAAUUGACCCCAGAGACUCCCCUCCCCAGGCUCCACCCUCCCUCCGCAGCCUGGUGGUGACUCAGCCCCCAGAGUUGGAGCUCAUGUCCUUCCACAAGGUAGUGGUGGGCAGUGUGGCGCUCUUCUUCUCCAUGUCGCUCAUCCUGACCGUCAUCUAUGUGUCGUGGAGGCGCUACCCGAACGCUGCACGGCUCCUGCAGCAGAGCUCCGUGGUGGGCCGCAAGCGACGGAAAAAGAGCCCCGAGCCAGAGCAGAACCUGAGCUCCCAGCUGCAGGAGUAUUACAUGAGCUACAACCCGGCCGCCACCCCGGAGGGUUUGGAGGUGCUCGGCAACGGGACUGGCUCCUGCACCUGCAUCUCUGGCUCCAGGGAAUGCGAGGUAUGACCCGUCACAUCAGCCUUUAAAAACAAAACCCCAAAAGCAAAAACACAAAGGCUCAAGAAAGAGAGGUAAAUCAUUUAUCAGGCAUACACUGUU